AACUAAGGGAUGAAAACGGGGGCCUGCGUAGGUCUCAACACUCUAGCUGAAGGCCUUGGAUUCUUGAUUAACAGCAAAUUCACUAAUAUCACCUCUUUGCAAACACAAACCGCCGAUCUCAAUCGGCAGCUGCAGGCCGCGACGGCGAAAAUCGAUCAUUUCACUGCUUACCACAAGAUAUUCAAGCAAACAGGGGCCGAAUGUGUGGAGCAGAUUCAGCAUGACAGAGACAAGAUCAAGGAGCUCGAAGCAGGGCUGGGCAGGCUCCGCAAGUCGCAUGGCAGCAAGAUCUUAUCACUCCUUUUAUGUCUUCACGAACUAUGGAACGAACCAGGGCACAUCACGCUGGCCUCUAGUUCGCCGGCAUCUUUUGUGGAAUUCAGUGCCUCCUCUCGCCCGGUACAAACAGAGGAACUUCCUGAGGCAGAUACGCGCUCACAACAGUCAACACUGAUUGAUAGCGAGGAUUUAAUAAAUCUGUCAGAAUAA